GGCAAGCUAGUUAGGCUAGGUUGUUCACCAUCUUGGCGCAGCAACCUAUCUUGCAAGUUACAUUAAUCUUUGUAAAUGCGUUUUGGUCAGACGAAAACUGAAGAUAACUGAUGCAAUUAACAAGCUUGUCAAAAGUUGCUUGGUUCUCAUUAAGUUAUCCAAAGUUGCUUGUUUGCCAGCGAGUAUAGCUAGCGUCCAUUGAAUACGAGUAUGUAAGGUUAGCAUCUAGGCUGAUCAACACUUGGCCUUGGGUCGAUGUUAUCUUGCUAUCCGAAUGUGUGAAGAAACACCGAAUAGCUGCCUUUCAUUGGAAACCCCAUGUUCAUUAGUGCAAGGGUUGCAAGCGACUGAGCUCCCGCCGUCAUGGACGCCCAACCGCAAGGCCAGCAGGCUGCCGUUCCCGUGUUCCAGCCUCAGAAACCUCUACAGCCGGAUAUGGGGUACAAUACCUUAGCCAACUUUCAAAUUGAGAAGAAGAUUGGGAGAGGACAGUUUAGCGAGGUCUACCGGGCCAGGUACUUGCUAGACAACACGUCUGUAGCUUUGAAAAAAGUUCAGAUAUUCGACUUGAUGGAUGCCAAAGCUCGGCAAGAUUGCAUCAAAGAGAUAGAUCUCCUUAAGCAAUUGAACCACCCCAAUGUAAUUAAAUACCACGCGUCCUUCAUUGAAGAGAAUGAACUAAAUAUAGUUCUGGAACUUGCCGACGCUGGGGACCUGUCAAGGAUGAUUAAGCACUUCAAGAAGCAGAGGAGGCUGAUCCCGGAGAGGACGGUGUGGAAGUACUUUGUUCAGCUGUGCAGCGCUCUGGAACACAUGCACUCCCGGCGCGUCAUGCACAGAGACAUAAAACCGGCUAAUGUGUUCAUUACCGCCACUGGGGUAGUGAAGCUGGGUGACCUGGGAUUGGGUCGGUUCUUCAGCUCCAAGACCACCGCGGCUCAUUCUCUAGUGGGUACCCCUUAUUACAUGUCUCCCGAGAGGAUACAUGAAAACGGAUAUAACUUCAAAUCUGACAUCUGGUCGCUAGGCUGCUUGCUCUAUGAGAUGGCCGCCCUGCAGAGCCCCUUCUACGGAGACAAGAUGAACCUGUACUCGCUGUGCAAGAAGAUCGAGCAGUGUGACUACCCCCCUCUCCCAUCCGAUCACUACUCUGAAGAGUUGAGAAAGCUGGUAGAUAUGUGCAUUAACCCUGACCCGGAGAAGAGGCCGGACAUCGCCUAUGUGUAUGGCAUCGCCAAGCACAUGCACGCGCUGACGCUGGCCAGCUAAGUCCGCAAACCGAGAGCUCGUCUCUUCCGGCGUCUCUCUCCGCGGUCCCGUGUGCGGUUUUCCGAAAGGGGAGAACUGGUGGUGAUUUACCAGGUGUUUUGAAAAUGUCGUUUAUUUCACACUUAAGUUGAGCCCCGUGUUAUUAGAUGAAGUAUGGCGUAGAAGCAAGCGCUGCAGCUCUAUAGCGGUGUGUUGCUCCUGAACCCUUCAGUAGUACCCUGAUCCAGGGUGUUCACAUGAUGGGAGUUAUGUGGAGUUGGGAUGACGUUCAUGUUGAGUUCUGUCAACCGGUUUACGUUAGCCUGUCAUGGAGGAACACCAGAGACAGGACAUUUUAUUUUCCAUAAGUUCAAGGUUUCACUUUAAACACAUCCCAUAAAGGUUCAAAUACACGCACAACACACAGACACACUUGCGCACACACACAAAUACAGUGCAAUGGACAUGCUUAAAGGCAAAUCUAGAGUUAAGUGGCAUAUUACUUGGUUGCACUUUUCGGUACAGAUCGCAGUAGGGUCAUCUUGUACUCGGUCAGGAGAUUUAAAAAGGGAGUUGUUGGAAACAGUCCAGUUAAAGAGUUAUGUCCAUUGAAGAGUUUGCUCUGCAGAUUAAUAGGUUAAAAUGAUUUCAACUUCAUUUCUGACCUGAUUAUUACUUUGCAUGUGUCACUUUGCACUGUUUACUAUCGUCCCUGAAAUAUGUCAGCUGCUUUAAAACGGUUAUUUCUGCUGGUUCCCCUGUGCACUCAAAUGUGGAUAUCCCUGAAUGCAGUGUCUUACACUUUCACCUGUAGUUAUUAAGUAAAGGAAGAUAGUUAUUUUCUGCUGGUUUCUGUACUCAGGGGUCCCAGCCCUGAUAAAGCAUUGCAGUCUGUCUUUAAGCCUUUUCACCUACACAGUAUUCCUCUCCUCUCCUCAGCGCACUUUCAGCUCUGUACCUACCGUUAGCCUCAGGUGCAUCUGGCCAAAUGCAGAAACUACUCAGGGCUUUAGUUUACCAUUGGAUUGCAGUCAUCUGAUUUGCUUUGUAUUGCUUUUAAUGUAUUAACAUUUUUUUUUUUUUUUUUUUCUUAAAUCUGAAGUUAAGCAUGUGCAGGAUAAAGGGGUAACAUUAUUGCCCUGAGAUGAAAAGGCCCUUUUUAUUUGUCUUUGUAUUUCCAGACUGAAUCCUCAAAUUUUGGCUAAAUGGGGGACGUUAGAAACACGAAGUAGCGCACUACGACAGUAGUAGCUCAUUAAAAUACGAGCAGCGGAAACAUUGCCUAUUGCUAGGUUGAAUGGAUUGGGAUGGGUUGUUUAUGAAACCAAAGUCAUCUAUUUAGAGAUGUUUACAAAGCUGUUUGAUGUCUACAAUAUAGAUGGAAUUGCUUUUUUAUUGAGGUUUGCAACAGGUGAAAUUGUGUUUCUGCCAUUACUGGGUUGGUUAGUUUGAAAUUAAAUGACUUCACAAUGAUGACAAUAAUUUUUAUAACAAAAUAAUUCAGUUCCCUGUCUUAAAAUAGCACUGAGUUUUUUUGUAAUGAAUGUUUGCAACCAUUGAAAAUAGUGGACUGUCUUAUGCUCCAUAAUUAAAUAAUUGUACAUAUUUAGUUGAAUAUGACCUAUUCAAUAAUUGGCAUAUUCUGUAGAUCAGAUUUGGCCUCAGACUGUUCAUAUGAGCAGUAAAACAGGGAAUCGAAUCUACAGUAUCAUAAUCUCAGAAAGUAAAAUAAAUAUAGCAUAUGCAGUCAGGAUUGAAUUCAUGGCUUUUUUGGGUUACACUUAUGUUAUGUUGCUAAUCCAAGUAACAAAGAUUUAAAUUUCUGCACAUUUUUGGUAUAGAUGACAAAUAAAUGGUUUUAUAACAAAACCACCAUUAACAUUCAGUUUUAAUCUUUCUUCCGAAUCAGCUUGUCUGUAUAAAUGCACUUUGAAAUACUUUUUUGCAAGAUAACUUUUUUAUGAUUACAUAUGAAGGCAGAAAGGCAGGGUAAAUCCAAAUGAAAAAAAGGGCUAACUGGUGUAUUUAUUCUUUGAAAAGAACGUCAAAAAAAGACUGGCCACAGUCUGAUUUUAGCCUUGCUUAGGUCACCGUCUUUCCAUGUAAAAAUAUUUAUUUUUAAUUCAAGGUUGCAUAGUUUUCAUUUUAUUUUGGAACUAUGAGAUCAUUUUUACAUUGUGGUUGCUACUUCUUUAAAGUUAAUUCUACAUGGUACAUUUACAGAUCAGUUCAAUCUUAAACGACACCUCUGUUCAUCAGUUCUUUGUGUUCUAUUACAAAGUCAUUUAGACUUACUUGCUUUUCUUUAUAUCUGGUACAUCCCAUUUCAAAGACAUUCUGAGAUGUGUUUGUGUGUAAAUUCACUGAUAUUGUACUCCAGCAGCAACAUUUAAUUGAUUUUGAUAGUUGUGACAUCCUACGAUAAUCCUAGUGUUCUUAGGUUUGCCAGGCUUUGAUUGCAGCCUUAAUAAAAGAGCGCUAACUAUGUGCACAAAUCAUACUCCGCUAAUUAAACUGAUGCUGCAAGGCACCAUUAUCAGCAUAUAGUAUGGUACAUCUUGCUGUGAUUAUACCACAUGUAUCAUGGUAUUCAUUAAAAUAACGAUGUGAGCAGUUAUUUUUAUUUAUCCAGUGCUUAUUCUAACCAAUGUCUUGUACAGUAACAUAAUUGAUACUUUUAAACCUGUUGCCUUACAUGUGAAAUAUACAGACAUUGACGCAAAGUUCUUUGUCAUGUGCUACGCUUAUAUUUUACAGCACCAAAUCCAACAAAGGUCACCAUUUCACAGCAGAUGUGAAGCGAUGGAUGAAUCCAAUGUUUUUGCCUCCUCCCAUUUAAGAUGUGCUCUAGUCUGUUUACACUGCUCACGUGUACAGCGUUCUGGCAAUGGCUAUAGAAAGCACAUGCUGUAGCAGACAAACGUGUUUGAGACUGACUUAAAGCCAAGGUUUAUCUCCGUUUCAGCAUUGGGUCUCUAAAGUUCAAUGGGAAUUUAUUUAUAAUUUUUGUUUGUUGUACUUCAUGGCUAAUUGUAAAGACACAUAUCUGCUAUGUACUGUAUGCUAAGAGAAUACAAUAAAUCUUGGAAAACA